UUGUCGUGGUGGUGGUGGACCUCAAAGCAUCUCUCAGCGGCGUCGGGGAAGCGGGUCAGCGGGCGAAGCUCUGACGGUCAAUCUCGGGCGGGGCGGGGCUUCCACCAGUCCCGCGGGGCAGCAGCGGCGGAGGGGUCCCGGGGCGGCCCCCACAAUGCCCGCGAAUGGGGGUCCUGGAUAAACCCGAGGAGCGCCGCCCCGAAGAAUGGCGCGUCAUCGCAAGGAGCCCCCUCCGCCCCCGACUCUUUUGUCUCCCGACUGCUCGCAGCCCUAUAAAAGCCCCUCGCCUUCGGUGGCGAGCUUAGAUCAAGCCCGGGCGCGUCCGGCCGUCGGUCGGGUCUCCCGGAGAGGGAGCGGGGAGGGAGGGCUGCAGCAUCCGCCGGCCGGCCAGGCCCCUUUUCGGACUCCUCGUAUUGCCUGGACGUUAAGGGCACUGCGGCUGCCGCCUGGGGGGCUCUCCUCCUCCUCCUUCCCCGAGCUGGGAAGCCUCUCCCGCCCCGCCUUCCUUCUCCCGGCCCAGACCAUGAAUUCUGACUCCAGCUCCGUCUCCAGCAGAGCCUCCUCGCCGGACAUGGAAGAGCUGUACCUGAGGGACCACCACCACCACCAUCACCACCACCACCACCACUCGGUCUCCUCCACGCAGAACGAAGUGGGGCAGAAGGGCUCGGGCGAAAGCCUCUCCCGGAGCGGCGCCAAAGGGUCGGCGGGCGAGAGCAGCAAGUACAAAAUCAAGAAGCAGCUUUCCGAGCAGGACCUGCAGCAGCUGCGGCUGAAGAUCAACGGGCGGGAGCGGAAGCGCAUGCACGACCUCAACCUGGCCAUGGACGGGCUCCGCGAGGUGAUGCCCUACGCCCACGGGCCGUCGGUGCGGAAGCUCUCCAAGAUCGCCACGCUCCUCCUGGCCCGCAACUACAUCCUGAUGCUGACCAGCUCGCUGGAAGAGAUGAAGAGGCUGGUGGGCGAGAUUUACGGCGGCCACCACGCGGCCUUCCACUGCGGGACUGUGGCCCACGCCGCCGGCCACCCGGCCCACGCCGCCGGCGCCGUCCACCCCAUCCUGGGCGCCGCCCUGGCGCCCGCCGGCGGCGCUUCCCUACCCGGCCUCGGCGCGCUCCGGCCUCCCCAUUCCUUGCUCAAGACGCCUCCCGCCCCGCCCGCCCUUCAGCUGGCCGGAGGCGGCGGAGGGGGCGGCGGCGGCGGCUUCCAGCACUGGGCCGGCCUGCCUUGCCCCUGCAGCAUCUGCCAGAUGCCCCCGGCCCCGCAUCUGGCCGCCCUUCCCACCCCCACCGCCGGCCUGGCCCGCCUCUCCACGGAAGCCAAGGACUUGCUGAAGUAA